AUGGCGGGCAAUAAUCCCACUCAGAUCUUUGCUGAUGACGUGGUGGAGGAGAAGGGAGAGAAUGCUCGUCUCUCCGCUUUCGUGGGUGCUAUUGCUGUGGGAGACUUGGUGAAGUCGACGCUGGGCCCCAAGGGAAUGGACAAAAUAUUACAAUCUGCCUCGACCGGAGAGAUUCUGGUGACCAACGAUGGAGCGACCAUCCUCAAGUCAAUCGCCCUCGACAACGCCGCCGCUAAGGUGCUAGUCAACAUUUCCAAGGUUCAAGACGACGAGGUCGGCGAUGGAACCACCUCUGUCGCAGUGCUGGCGGCCGAGCUGCUCAGACAAGCCGAGAUCCUGGUGGACAAGAAGAUUCACCCCCAGACAAUCAUAGACGGAUACCGGAUAGCCAGCAAAGCCGCGCUUGCAGCCCUCGAGAAGUCCGCUGUUGACCGCAGCAACGACCCGAUCGCUUUCCGCAAGGACUUGCACUCCAUCGCCCGCACGACACUUAGCUCCAAGGUUCUCGCUCAGGACCGCGAUCACUUUGCGACCCUCGCUUGCGACGCUGUGCUCAGAUUAAAGGGUUCUACUGAUCUCAGUCACAUUCAGAUCAUCAAGAAAGCCGGUGGCAAGCUUUCCGAGUCUUACUUGGAUGAGGGGUUUAUUCUUGAUAAGAAAUUCGGUGUCAACCAGCCAAAACGUCUGGAGAAUGCCAAGAUCAUGGUUGCCAAUACAGCCAUGGACACGGAUAAGAUUAAGAUUUUUGGUGCACGUGUCAAGGUUGACGGCACAGGUAAACUCGCUGAACUAGAGAAGGCCGAGCGGGAAAAGAUGCGCCAAAAGGUUGAAAAAAUCAAGUCACACGGUAUCAAUUGCUUCGUCAACCGACAGCUCAUUUACAACUGGCCCGAGCAGCUUUUCAGUGAAGCCGGAAUUGCCAGCAUUGAACACGCAGAUUUUGACGGUGUCGAGCGACUAGCCCUCGUCACAGGCGCCGAGAUUGCAUCGACAUUCGACAACCCAGAACAGGUCCAACUCGGCCACGCCGAUCUUGUCGAGGAGGUUAUUAUCGGAGAAGAUACGCUACUUCGAUUUUCAGGAGUAGCCAAGGGUCAAGCCUGCACCAUCGUCUUGCGCGGUUCGUCGGAACAACUUCUCGACGAAGCAGACCGGUCUCUUCAUGAUGCCCUUGCCGUUCUUUCGCAGACCGUGAAAGAGCCCAAGGUGACGCUUGGCGGCGGCUGUGCUGAGAUGACCAUGAGUCUAGCUGUUGAGCAGGCUGCGCAGAACACCACGGGAAAGAAGCAGCUUGCUGUUGAUGCCUUUGCCCUCGCACUCCGACAACUCCCCACAAUCCUCGCGGAUAACGCCGGUCUAGACAGCUCGGACCUCGUUGCGCGACUCCGACAAGCCAUCAGCAAGGGUAUGUCAAGCUCUGGUUUAGAUCUUUUUGAGAAUAAGAUCGGCAACAUGGCAGAAUUGGGUGUGGUAGAGGCAUACAAGCUCAAAAGGGCCGUUGUCAGCUCUGCCUCGGAGGCUGCAGAGCUGUUGCUGCGCGUGGACAACAUUAUUCGUGCUGCUCCUCGGAGGCGAGAACGUAUGUAA